CAUGCGCGGCGGUAGCGGAAGUGACGCAUGGCGCUGUGUUUCGUUGGCUGGUCUGUCUGCUCGAGCCGGGCGUCGGAAGCGGUUCGGUUCGGUUCGGUUAAUCGCAAACAGAAGCGUAAACGCCACGCAUCAGAUGUCGUUCGGUGUCCCGCACAGUGGCGGCCGGCGCAGUAAAUGGGACCAGGCCGGUCCGGGGUCGUCUGGAGCUGAUGGAGGUUCUGCUCCGACCGGAGCUCUGGACGCUGCCGCCGCCGUCGCUGCCAAGAUCAACGCCAUGCUGGUGGCCAAAGGCAAACUCAGGCCAUCUCAGAUCAGCAGCGCUGCUGCCACUGAUAAAGUGGCAGGUGUUGGUGGUAAUAAGGUGAAAGAUGAUCUGGUGGUUGCCGAGGUGGAGAUUAACGACGUUCCGCUCACCUGUCGGAAUCUGCUGACCCGCGGACAGACUCAAGACGAGAUCAGCAGAGUGAGCGGUGCUGCCGUGUCCACCAGAGGACGCUACCUGACAGCAGAGGAGAAGAGCAGAACGCUGCCCAGUGACCGUCCGCUCUACCUGCACGUCCAGGGACAAACCAGAGACUUAGUGGACAAGGCUGUUAACAGGAUCAAGGAGAUCAUUACUAAUGGUGUAGUGAAGGCCGCCACUAACUCGAGCUACAGCGGAGCGACGGUCACCGUUUACCAGCAGCCUGGACCCGCUCCUGCACCCACAAUCCCCUCUGCUGCUCACAAACCACACUAUCCAGGAGGAAUGCAUUACGUGCAGGAUAAGCUGUUUGUGGGUCUGGAUCAGGCCGUGCUGGGCUUCUGUGUGAAGGAGCGAGUGGAGGGCCGCGGCAGCUCGUUCCUGCAGCACAUUCAGGCCGAAACCGGGGCCAAAGUCUUCCUGCGGGGCCGGGGGUCCGGCUGCCUGGAGCCCGCGUCCGGACGAGAGGCCUUCGAGCCCAUGUACAUCUACAUCAGUCACCCAAAACCAGAAGGACUUGCUGCUGCAAAAACCCUGUGUGAAAACCUGCUGCAGACCGUUCAUGCUGAGUAUUCUCGAUUCCUGAAUCAGAUGAGCAGUGUGAUGCCUACACAGGGAUUCAUUCAUCCUCCUGCCGUUAACGGGAUCCCGCCGCAGCCUCCGUAUUACCCCCCCGCGGGAUUCCAGCCCUCCUACACCGCCUCCAUCCCGCAGCCGCAGCCCGUCGCUCCUCAGUAUCCGGUGGCUCCUGCGGCUCCGGUCCCAGGCCCCGUCCCCACCGCGCAGUAUCCCAUCACCCCCGCGAGCGUCCCGGCACAGACUCUUCCUCCAGCUCUGUUCCCUCCGCCCACAACCGUGGCUCCGCCCAUCCCGCCGCAGAAGCGCCGCUUCAUGGAGGAGGUGCCAGACGAGACGAACAGCGGCCUGCUGGGAUACCAGCAUGGACCCAUUCAUAUGACUAAUUUAGGUGCAGGCAUCUCUGUGGGCAUCUCUGAGGCGUCAGGACCCCCGUCUGCUGCUUCCUCAGGGCCUGUGAGAGAGAGAGACAGCAGCAGCAGACUCAUGCCUCCUCCGUGUGCACUGGCUCCAGUCAGCGGUCCGAGAGCUCAGAAAGCAGACGAGAAGACGCCAGCGCCGAGCCUCCUGGAGCCGCAGGUGAAGCGCGCGAGGACGGGGCUGGUGGCGUACGCUGGAGACUCCUCCGAUGAAGAAGAGGAUCAUGGACCCUUCAGAGCAGCCGGAGCCGCAGGAUGGAUGUACCGCUGCCCUUCAUCGCCGCCCUCACGGCCCAAAACACAGACACAGACACGGCCCAUGCCCUUCUGGAUGGCACCGUAAACACGCGCGCACACACACACACACACACACACAUACAUGCCUCCUGAAGACUGUCCCGUGGGAUUAUGGGUAGAUGGAGGGACGCCAUCACUCUGCUUUACUUUCUCUUCAUCGGGUUGAUUUGUAAUUACUUCCUCUGUGAGAUUCUCUUGACAAAUAAACACACGCAUUGACUCACACACUGUGCUUCCUGUUUAAUUUCCUCCAAACGUCCCUUCACAC